CUUAAAUAAAACAUAAUCAGCUUAAGCUUCAGCCAACAACUCCACUCUUUUUCCAAUCCAGUAUAUGCAUGGUCAUGACUCGACAAGCAUUUCCUGGUACCCUUGUUGUCGAGAAGCUUCCACCCGGUGUCUCUGAACAGACAUUGAAGCAACUGUUUGAGCCAUUCGGAAUCGUCAAGUACACCUAUUUAAAGAAAAUGACUCAGACAUGGAUGAUUAUCUUUCUAAUUCAAAGCUUUUGUCUCGCAGCAUUCACAAAAGCGGGACUACUGCGUCUGUUGAUUUCGUCAUUGGCCACCAAGCCAACAAAGCGUAUGCUGUGGUGAACAACCAACCUCUUGAAGGCUCUGAUCUUCAGAUUCAAUGUCCUUUGCCUAUGCCAGAGCCACGUACUGGUCUGUUGAUCAAGAGUCUUCCAUCUGAUAUGACGGAGUCCGACGUAUUUGAUCGAUUUGCUUCAUUUGGCCCUAUCUAUUCGUGUAGUGUCAUUUCCAAAGCAAGUAGUACCGAGGUCACUGCAACUGUACAAUUCUUUUUGCAGCAAGACGCACAUAUGGCUUUGCAGGAAAUGCACUGCUCUGAUAUUGACGGCCAGCUGAUCUCGGUCAGUCCUAUGGACCUGCAAAGUAAACGUUCUUCGAAAAAUUCGAAUUCCUCAGCUAGUUCAACGGAGAGAGCGCCAAGCAAACCUCGCACACAGUUGAAUGUUUCGGCCGUACCCUUUAACCCCUCUGCCCCAACAACCGUCAGUCGCAAGGACUCUGUGACCGAUGAUGAUACCGUAACCGCCACGUCGCCUCUAUCCUUGCAGCAACAUUUCAUUGACUAUUGCAAUCUUUACGUCAAGAAUUUGGACGAGGCACUUAACAGUACAGAUCUGUUUCAGCACUUUAAAUCUUACGGUAGGAUUGUUAGUGCUCGGGUGAUCGUAAAUGCGGCUACGAACCAGUCAAGAGGCUAUGGGUUUGUCAGUUACAGCCGGCCUGAGGAAGCAGCUUUUGCCUUGAAUCAGAUGAACGGAGCCGUCUUGGGCUCCAAACCAAUUUUGGUGGCGUACCAUGAACCCAAGAAGCCACGGGUCUUACCGGUAUCACCCAAGUCUCCAGGCACUUCGGAGAGUGGCUCUCAAGUGGCUAGCCUUCCUCCGCCCGAAUCUACGGCCUAUGAAUCAAGUGAUUUAUACCAAGAUCUCUACAACAGCGUUGUAGGCACGGGCAUUGUGUGGGAGUCGAACUUGAAUCAAGUCACCGAGUCUUUAAGUAAGCUGCCGAGACAGGAACAGGUAGCACUGCUGACGCAACCUUUGUUGCUUCUUGAAAAGGUUAAGGAAAUCCGUGAUGGAUUGGGUCUGUCGCCUGUUAUCGAAAUACCCGUUUCUCGCCCCAUCAACAUCAGAUCGCCUUCUGAAACCAGUCAUCCAGACGACUUACCGAAGCAGACUCCUCAAAGUGCCAGUUCAUCCAUUGUGUCUAGCCCAAUCUCGCAAAACAAUGUUCUAUCAUCGCUCAUAGCGCUUCCUGGCCGAUCUUCCGACAGCAUUUCACAGCGUUUAGGAGGACAGGACGGGACAAGUACUCCUGGAAGUACAGUGUCUGAUCAACGUGAUAGGAUGAUUGACGCCAUUCAGCAAAUCGAUCCGACUGCGGAAGAAGAGAUCAUUGAUAUGCUAAUGACUUUGUCUAGCAAGGAGAGAUCUUUAUGCAUCUUCAAUCCUGAGUAUUUGAGAAGCAAAAUCAGUCAAGCCCGCGACGCUCUUAACAUCUUUGCCGAUGAAGACGAAAGCCCAAAUGGCGAUUCCCGUCCAGCUGAAGCCAAAGAAGAUAACAGUGCCGAGGCUUUCUAUCUCAAGAUCUCGAAAUUGUCUUUGUUUGAGAAGAAGCAGAAAUUGGGUGACAAGCUGUACCCACUGGUGAAGGCAACGGGGGUCAAACAGGCCCCUAAGGUUACCAUUCGUCUUCUCGAUACCGUAGAUUUGCACAGACUUUCGAAGCUUAUGACAGUCGACAACUCUGAACUAAGCAGCCUUGCCAAGUCUGCGUAUGAGAGUCUUUAGCGUUCUCCUCCAUUUAUUUUAUCAUGUUAUUUUCCCCCCAUACAUCAAACUUCCAUCAAUUAUUGAUUUUAUCCAAUCUUGAACCAAAUUUUACUCCCCCCGAAUUAUAUGCUCAUAGAAAAUCCCAAAAUCCCUAUCCUUAACAAUUCGUAAUACAUAAUAAUAUAUCGACCCCAUCCCUUUAUGAAACAAAAGCAUUCUUGACCAUAAGUUGAGUAGCCAAUUUGGCUUUUGUCAUUCGUUCAACUAUUUAUUAUUCAGAUUUGUUUGUUUUACUUG